AUGGAUGAUGUUACAAUUGAAGACGAAUUUGAAUUAAAUGAAGAUAAAUUAUCUCAAUCAGAAAGAGAAUUUUCUCUUCGAAAAUCAUUUUCGAUAUUUCAAAUACAUGAUCGAUUCAAUCGAUAUGAUGAUAUGGAACGUAUUCGACAAAAACAACAAAAAGCUUAUGAAGAACAAGCUCUACGUUGUGCUCAACAAAAAAAAGCUAAAAUCGAAAGUGCAAAAACAUCAGCAGAUGAAAAUUCUAGUCGAACAAAAUAUCGAUCAAGUGAUUAUAAUCCAUUAACCGGACAAUCGAAUCGUGGAUCCUCUGAUUCAUGUUCAGGGCGUCCAUCUUCUCGUCGAAAGCCAGCCGGAGGAUGA